AUGGGAAUCAAGCUCAUAAUCUUAUUGGCGUUGCUGGUGGGCGUGUUGUACUCCCUUCAUCUCCUGGUGAAGGACUACCAAGCUCUCUCGGCAGGUUCACGACUGUUGCGUAUGCUGUUUAAAAGAGACACUAGCUCACAAAUUUAUACAAAACCAGCUGUGAGAUGGAAAAGAAUAUUGCGGUAUGACCCAAUACAAUGCGGAAGGUACUUCUAUUGUGAACUGGGGGCGCAACCCGCAAACAAUGAGGUGCGACAAGGCUUCAUCUAUAUGCUUAAGUUAAAACCGAGCGAAGAGAACAAGUCGGCGCAUUCAAUUUUCAAGAAGCAUACGAAACUGGAAAGAUUUACCCAAAAGAUUGCAGAAUGA